UAUAUAAUCGAUAAAAAAAAAAAAAGAUUCGAGAAGGCAAAAGGUCAUCAAUCGAAGGCGCAUAGGAGGAUAGAGAGAGAGUCUCUCAGAUUCUAACAGAGAUCUCUCUCGUUCUCAUCAUCAAUGGGUCUCUGGGAAGCUUUUCUCAAUUGGCUUCGAAGCCUCUUUUUCAAGCAGGAAAUGGAGCUUUCUUUGAUAGGGCUUCAGAAUGCUGGGAAAACCUCACUUGUAAAUGUUGUUGCUACUGGUGGAUAUAGUGAAGACAUGAUCCCUACGGUAGGAUUCAAUAUGAAGAAGGUAACUAAAGGAAAUGUUACAAUAAAGUUGUGGGAUCUUGGAGGUCAACCCAGAUUUCGUAGUAUGUGGGAACGAUACUGCCGUGCAGUUUCUGCUAUUGUUUAUGUUGUCGAUGCUGCUGAUCAUGAGAACCUCAGCAUCUCUAAAAGUGAACUCCAUGAUCUCCUGAGCAAGCCAUCAUUGAACGGUAUUCCUCUGCUGGUAUUAGGCAACAAGAUUGACAAGCCAGGGGCGCUCAAUAUGCAGGCUUUGACCGAUCAGAUGGGUCUCAAAUCCAUCACUGACCGGGAGGUAUGCUGCUUCAUGAUCUCAUGCAAGAACUCGACCAACAUUGACUCUGUCAUUGAUUGGCUUGUUAAGCAUUCGAAAUCGAAGAGCUGAGGAACGUCUCUUUGUUUGUAUGUUCGAUUUGUAUUUAUCAGAGAGUUAUAUGGAGCUUGUGGCUGUUGUUGGUCGGAUUCGGUUGUCUUAACUUGGUUGCUGGUUGUCAUUCUGCUGUCUUCAUUUCUUCUGAGUUGCUGUGUAUUGUACAUUAAAUUGUUUCUAAUUAAGAAAAAUGCUUCCGAGUUUUCAUGGUGCUAA